GUUUGAUUUAUAGUCCGGUUUAAUAUAAUUGGGAAACAUUGGGGGAGAACUGGAGAAGAUCCUUUAAUCGCCGAAUCGGAGACUCCAUCCUUCUCCGACGUCUCCAACACUUGCGAACAGGCACUUACUUUUAAGGAAGAGAUUGCUUCUGACUGUCACUAUGGAUACCAAAAAGUUGGAUACUGGCUCCAAUGAUGCAAUCAGCUGGCUCCCUCAUGAGGUUCUAGGCGACAUCUUGUCCAGAGUUCCGACCAAACUGGCUGCUUCAACAUCUGUACUCUCGAAAAAGUGGAGGGAUGUGGUCGCAUUGGUGGAUAAUCUCGAUUUUGAUGAUUCUGCAUCUCUGAAACGGAAUAAAGAGGGUAAACUGGAGAGGGAUGUGAUCCUCCGGGAGUGCUUCAGGAACUUUGUCGAUAGAACACUCGCUUUGCAAUUGCAAGGCGCUUCUCCUAUCAAGAAAUUCUCUCUAAGAUAUCACGUUGGCGACGACACUGAGAUGGAUCAUGUGGUCCGCUGGGUAUGUAAUGUCUUAGAGCGUGGCGUAGUGGACCUGGACGUUAGUUUAGCUCCUCACGCUGAAAUCUUUUUACCUCAUGCGCUCUACACGAGCAAGACGCUCGUUAAGCUUUCACUGGGAACCAAGAUUAGUUUAGGAAAGCUUCCUCCAGAUUUGUUUCUUCCAGCGCUUAAGACUCUCUUCAUCGAUGCUAUCUUUUUUGAAUAUGAAGAUCUGUGUUACGUGCUUAUUCCUGGUUGUCCGGUGCUCGAGGAGCUAUUUGUACGUCACAAGGACUUUUUUGCACAACCAUACUGCAUAUCCAGUCGGACCAUCCAUAAACUAACAGUUCAAUACGAUUCUGACUUUGGUAUUGGCUCUCUGGAUAUGUCAUUUGAUGCCCCAAGUCUUGUCUUCCUGGACUACUCCGAUUAUGCCCUGUGUAGCUAUCCACAAGUUAACUUGAAGUCCCUAGUCGAAGCUAGGCUGGACCUUCGUUAUCAUUCUAAAGAGAUCAAGAGGCCAAAUAUAUGGGGUCUCUUUACAGGGAUAAGCCACAUUAAGACCCUGCAUCUUUCUGCCAAUUCUGCUGAUGUGAUCUCUCGAUGUGUUAAACAUGGACUAAUACUACCGGUGUUUAACAAUCUGGUAAGCUUGACUUUUGGGAGUAAGAAUAAACGAGGUUGGAGACUACUGCCGCAUCUGCUUAAGCAGUGUCCUAUGCUUGAAACUCUAACCAUCCAGGGUCUGGAUGGUCAUAUAUCUGAUGUGACUAUGCGUGCAUCCCAAGUGAAAGUGUUGUUAGGGAGGCUGGAGGCACACUGCUAAAGACUUGGAGCACUUGAAGAGUUUACUGGGGACCCAAAUAUGACAAUGACUAACUGGACUAUCCACGGAAUUUAUAAACAUAAUUAUACAAGAAGCUUGUAAAGUCUCGCUUAACAUACUAAAAAUUCAUACUUAGUUCAUACCUAAUUCUUAAGUAUUUUGAGACAAAAUCAUACAAAAUUUUAUA